AUGCUGGAGGUCCGUGCUGACCAUAAGGGGGGGGGUGUACACAUGAGUCUUACGAGAUAUGGACAAGGACUUGGUGCCGAUUGUCCAGAAUUCGCCAAUAUCGCUUAUAGAACACCUGGCGGACCUGCUGUACCUGCUCCUUCGACCGGUGUCGCAGCCAACAACGAUGGAUGGACUGAACCUCUUUACACUUGCCCAUCUGCUGAUGGAAAUCUGUACCGAAUUACCAUCUACAAAUCUCCACCUGGUCAAACUACUGCCAACUCAUUGGCUUAUGAAUGUGAAUUCGACGAUUUCGGAAGUUGUUAUUACACCACCUCUGGAACGCUUUACACUCAGGGAAGUACCUCAUGUCCCUUGCAAGUUUGCACAAAUCACUACGAUUCCACUUUCACCAGGAGGAAGAGACAAGAUCCUGAGAUGGAUAAAAGACAAGUGAAAGCUGCAGAUCUGAGAAGGGCUUUAGCUACUGAAGCCCCUGUGCCCAAACGAUCCGACAGAUUUACUGUUGAACCGUAA